CUUAUUUCCUUAUCAUCGAUUAGGAUGAAAAUUUAGCCGUUUGUAUACAGUUGUAGUCGCUUACAUUUUUAUUGUUGGCGUUUGGUAAAGCUUUGGCAUUUUCCAUUGCCGAUGAACUUAGCUAACAUAUAACACAAAUCGAAUUGUUUAAAAGCUUGACGAUAAUUGAAAGUUUAAAGGUUAAAACAACUUUAUAAAAUGGCUGAUGGAGAAUACGACAAGGAACAACUGAGAAUCCUUAGGAAUGCUUUCAAGGCUUUCGACCACGACGGUGUAGGAUGCAUCGAGCACGCUGAUGUAUCUAGCAUUCUCGAAAUAUUAGGUCAGAAAUUGGAACCACCUGCGGUAAAGGCACUUAUUAAAGAGGUAGAUAAAGGAACAACCGGUAAAUUGGAUUUUAGCCAGUUCUGCAAGCUGGCAGCUCGCUUUAUUGAAGUUGAGGAAGAUGUGGGAGCUCUUCAAAAUGAGUUAAAAGAGGCCUUUCGGGUAUAUGAUAAAGAGGGAAAAGGAUACCUUACAGUUGCAACACUAAGAGGCAUUCUUCACGAAUUGGACGAUAAGCUUUCUAACCAAGACUUAGAUAUGAUCAUAGAAGAAAUUGAUGCGGAUGGGUCUGGUACGGUUGAUUUUGACGAAUUUAUGCAAGUUAUGACAGGUUAACCUGUAUUGCUCUUUUUGCCAUGAUUUUCAAGAGCUCAGAUAUGGCAAUAUGGACGUUUUAUCAAAAAUAUAAACAAUA